AUGACCCAGACCCUCAAUAAAAGGGAAGACCCUCUUAAUCUGGGUGGUGGCCGGUCGUCCUCUGCCCCCUUACGCACCUGGUCAUCCAACCAUCGAAGGCGCCGGGGAGCUCCGAUUUACAAGGGGCGACACCACUAUGGCCCCAAGGCCGAGUAUGAGCCGCCCAGGAAACAGCCCAAGCAACAGCACGGCCCGGGUCCUUGGUUCCAACCACCCCGACGGCCCUACUGGGCCCUGUACUCUAACUGGGGGCGCUGCGGCGGCGGGCCCUGGCACCCUCCUCUGGCGGGAUUCCGGAGUCCGCUCUGCCCGGUGCAAAUGAUUCGGGUGUAUGGUCUGCACCCUCUCUGUCUUUGCUGCUGCUCCUGCUGGCCUGGGCCCUGGAACCCCGGCUGGGCCAGGCCCCCCGGUAGAAAGAGGCGCUGGGGCCGCAGGGGUCGUGGCCUGCGCCGCGCCCCUCACCGCUCCUUCCCGAGGAGCCCGCCGGUAGAUCUAAGCAAGCUGCUGCGUCCGGUCAACCUGUACGGGUGGCGGGCGCCUGGCAUGAGAGCGCCGCGGAACACCACCCAGUUCAUCAUGAACCAGAUCUACGAAGACAUGCGGCAGCAAGAGAAGCUGGAUCGCCAGCAGGAGGCGCUGCGGGCGCAGCAGGCCCAGGCCCGUGGCUCCACCUCCCCGCCAGGCUUCAGCGGCAAUGGUGCGCCCCCUACCGGCGGCGAGGAAAAUUCAGAGCUGCAGGGUACCCUGUACAACUUCCUGCAGGAUCCCUUGCUAGCCUUCAGUCCUGCCCCAGUGGAGCAAAACCAGUCUCCCACCCCACAGCUGCUGGAGGAAGAGGAAGAGGAGAAAAAUAAUGAGUGUGACGAGGAGGUGUGCCAUGGAAAGGAGGAGAGCGAGGAAGAGGAGGAGGAGGAGGAGGAGGAAGAAGAGGAAGAGGAGGAGGAAAAUGGAGAGACAGAGGAGGAGGAAGAGGAGGAGGAGGUGGAAGAGGCUGACCAUGAGGAGGAGGGGGCAGAAGAUGAGGAAGUGUUGGAAGAGGAGGGCUUGGAAGAAGAAGGGCUGGAGGAGGAAGAGCAGAGAGAGGAAGAAAAUCAGUUGCCUCUGGAAAUGCCUUUAUCAAUGUUAGUAGGGGCAGAAGAAGAGAGGGAGAACUUUAUAAACUAUACUUACUUAAACUCGGAACAGAUAAUUCCCAAAGUGUCACAGGAAGCUCUAUUUAUGCUACAGGACCUUAACAAUUAG